AUGGCGAAUCUCGCUAAUACCAUGGAAGCUAACGCUGCUGCGACUCUGCAAUCUAUGCAGAGGUUAGACCAAUCGGCGGGGAAUGGCAAUGGGAACGGAGAAGGAAAUGCCAAUGAUAAUGCUAAAGGAAACGACGAUAACACGGGUGGAGUUUCGAUGACUUUGGUGACGUUUCUCAAGGCACAGCAUGUUCCCCUCAAUCAAUAUGUCGAAUUUGCCGCUUAUCAGCUAGCGGGAGAAGCUCAGCCCUGGUGGCAAGUUGAGUGUCGUUUUCUACAGCUUCAGAAUUGUGAAAUUCCAUGGGAGGUAUUCCAAACGGCUUUCUAUAAGAAAUACUUCCCUGAGUCUGCAUGGGAAGCAAAGGAGAUGGAGCUAAUGCAGCUGAAGCAAGGUCCCAUGUCUGUGGCAGAGUACACCAACAAGUUCGAAGAGCUUUGUAGGUUUUCUUGGAUGUGUCAGGGUGACCCGGAGACUUACGAGAGCUAG